UCCAGCUCCUCACUCACUGUCAGAUUACAGCUCAACCCGAGGGGGAGGAUCCGCUGCGAGGACGGUCUGCAUCGGGAGGACUCGGGUGUUUCUGCAUACUAACGAACCGCGACUUCACGUGAGGCGGCCGUUUCUUUUCCCCACAUAAGAAGAUGAAACAGCAGUUUUCCGUUGCUGUCCGUUGACUUCACAGUACGUUAAGAUGUUAGCCGGCUAACUAGCUGGAACAGAGUAACUAAAUCGGAUUAUCUGAUAACGGAAGCCUCCCUCUAGGUAACACCCAGGUAUUAUUAGCUGUACUUGACAACUAUUACACAGCAAACAGUCGUCUCUUGUUGUUGUUGUUUUUUUUAUGUUAAAUACAUUUAUCAUUUUUUUGUCAAAAGUACUACUUUGUGCUGUAAUUAUUCGCUAGCAUGCAAGCUAGCUCGCUUAUUAGCCAGUAAAAAGCCCAACAAGAGCCGCAGCUGUGUCGCGAGCUAAUCUCCGCUGUUAGUUGGAAACGUUGCGUUCGUGCCUCCGACAACAACACGCAGUCCGGGCGGAGCGGACGGGGAUGUGCUAGCUUGUCUCCGGGCCAGCUGGCGAGAGAGCUGUACGAGAUUUCAUCCCCGAAAUUAGCCUUCAAACGAAGCAAAGAUGUCAGGAAAGGAUAAAGACAAAGACAAACCGGAGAAACAGUCCACCACGGAGCGGCUGGUGAAAGCUGUGCCGUACCCUCCACAACAUAAGCUGACUGUGAAGGAGCUUUUUGAAGAUGGAAAGCCCAACGCUGAGCUGCUCCGCAACCACCUUGUUAAAGAGGGCAGGGUGGAAGAGGACGUCGCUCUAAGGAUCAUCAACGAUGGGGCCAACAUCCUCCGCCAAGAGAAGUGCAUGCUGGAAGUGGACGCGCCUAUAACAGUGUGUGGUGAUGUCCACGGACAAUUCUUUGACCUUAUGAAGCUGUUUGAAGUCGGGGGAUCUCCCAGUAACACGCGGUAUCUCUUCCUCGGUGACUACGUAGAUCGAGGAUACUUCAGUAUUGAGUGCGUUCUCUACCUCUGGUCGCUCAAGAUCAACCACCCCAACACACUCUUCCUCCUGCGUGGGAACCACGAGUGCCGACACCUCACAGAGUACUUCACCUUCAAACAGGAAUGUAAAAUUAAAUACUCUGAACGGGUGUAUGACGCCUGUAUGGAGGCCUUUGACUGCCUGCCCCUCGCUGCCCUGCUCAACCAGCAGUUCCUGUGUGUACAUGGCGGACUCUCACCAGAAAUCAACUGUCUAGACGACAUCAGGAAAUUAGACCGAUUUAAAGAGCCUCCAGCAUUUGGGCCCAUGUGUGACCUGAUUUGGGCCGACCCUGGUGAGGACUAUGGAAGUGAAAAGACAACUGAACACUUCAACCAUAACUCCGUCAGAGGCUGCUCUUACUUUUUCAGUUACUCGGCCGUCUGUGACUUUUUGGUGAAUAAUAACUUGCUGUCAGUAAUAAGAGCCCAUGAAGCACAGGAUGCAGGGUAUCGGAUGUACAGAAAAAGCCAGACUACAGGCUUCCCUUCAUUAAUCACAAUCUUUUCAGCUCCAAAUUACCUCGACGUCUACAACAACAAAGCUGCUGUAUUAAAAUAUGAGAACAACGUGAUGAAUAUCCGACAGUUCAACUGCUCCCCCCACCCUUACUGGUUGCCCAACUUUAUGGAUGUCUUCACAUGGUCUUUGCCUUUCGUUGGAGAGAAAGUGACGGAGAUGCUGGUGAAUGUUCUGAACAUCUGCUCUGACGAUGAGCUCAUGUCUGAGGGAGAUGAUCUAUAUGAAGGUGGAACCUCAGCGAUGCGUAAGGAGGUCAUCCGGAACAAGAUCCGCGCUGUGGGGAAGAUGGCCCGAGUCUUCUCCGUGCUCAGGGAGGAGAGCGAGAAUGUGUUGACGCUCAAAGGCCUCACCCCAACUGGAACUCUUCCUGUGGGAGUGUUGUCGGGGGGAAAGCAGACCUUACAGACCGCUACGAUUGAAGCAGCUAAAGCAAAAGCGAUCCAAGGCUUCUCCCCCACCAGGAAGAUCCGUAACUUCGAGGAGGCGCGCGGCCUGGACCGGAUAAACGAGAGGAUGCCGCCACGCAAAGACGACCAGCAGCCAGAAGGCACCGCCGUCAACACCAACACCCCCAACAAGAACGGCACCGAUGAAUAAACCCCCCCCCCCCCCGACUCAUAGCCCCCCUCUCUCCGUCUGCCCCCCCCACUCCGUCUCCUCCACCGUCCGUGUUCUGCUCCGCCCUCGGGCGGGGGCAGGAAGUGCCCUGGAGGAACACUGCUGACGACACGAUGUGUUCCGGACGGAGAUUAUUUAUUACAGAUUAAAGAUUUUAGAUUUAUUGUUUCAUGGCAACAAAUCAUUGAAGACUUUCUGCAGGUGUUGAGAUGUAAACGUUUAAAACAAAUAUUAUUUUAUGGAUUUGAUAGAUUUUAGUCUCUUUGCAUUUAACAACAGCGUGAGAAGCUCCUCGAGGCGCCGCAUGCCGCGUGUGAAAGAUGAAGUUAAUUACACCAGAACAACGAGUACUAACUAAUCAUUUUAUACUUGAAGACAAAGUCUUAUUUUUAAAUGUUCCACGACACUUUGAAUCCCUGAAGAUGCUGAACGGAUUCAGUAUUAUGUUCACGUUGUGGAUGAAGGUUCACGAGUCCUUCAGUAAAGUGGAGGUUAAGGCUUUGUGAGAGUCGCGGUUCUGGUCGUGAUGUUCUCUUGAUGGCAUCUAAGAUGUUGUCGCUGCGCUGAAGCAAGAAGAACAAAGGGAUUCACAGGACGGCAGGUCUUAUUCUGUCACUGCAACCAGACCUGCCGGUACUCCUGCAGAGGAACCUCUCCUCCUCCUCCUCCUCCUCCUCCUCCUCCAGCCCUGAAGAGAGCAGGUGGAGCAGCGUGCAUGAAGAUUACAUCAAACCCACUGACGAGAAGGACACGGUUUUCUCUUCAGUGGACAAAGGAGGACGUGCGCAGAGCAGCAGCUGUCCUCAGACUGAUGUCCAUCACUGCGGAGGAAACGUCGUAUUUAAUAGUUUGAUUUGUGUUUUAUUGUCAAAUACUUAAAAACCAUAAAAACAGAGUGUGCUUUUGUGUCUGAAGCUCAGUGUCUCCACCUGCUGUUGAUUAUACGCACUGCAGAUGGUUUUAGUUUUAACUAAGGGAAACAUUGGACUCAGCUCUCUGAGGACGCUGCACCGACAACAUGGACCGAGUGUAUAAAAGUCCUGUAAUCAUCUCAACCACGGCUGACUCCUGCAUACACUACAUCACUUUUACAACUCGUGCUCCUACAAGAAGGGAACAUGAACCCUCGCUGAGCUUGCAGGCGUGUACAUGCUUUUGUGCUGUGAAGUGUUCAGCCUCCACGCCGCCGCACAGGCGCCCCCGACCCUUUAAGACGUGCUUUUUAAGACGUGUACGACCAACUCACCCGGUGCUUCGACACACCUGACUGUAAUUCUGUUGUCUUUCUUCUUCACUAAAGAAAAGCUGGGAAAUAACCUUUAACAUUUGCUAUUCUCUUGUGAAUUUACCCUUUUUUAUUUUAGUAAACGAGGUGUUUGUGCUCAUUUACCAUGCCACCUUGGCCACACAUGUCAAGAUCUGUGUGUGUGUGUGUGUGUGUGUGUGUGUGUGUGUGUGUGUGUGUGUGUGCAUGUGUGUGUGCGUGUGUGUGUAUGGAUUGUGAGUCAAGCCAGGAGACUUUCAAUCGCACAUGAUUUAAAGAUUCAAUGUCAUGUAAUAUUUAUCUUGAUAUUCUUAAAGUUUGGCGUUGUGUAGACUUGUGGGGAGGUUCCUAAAGUAUUCUGGUUUACAUUCAUAACUGUGAUGUUGGUUAGUUUGAAAGGCUUUACUGGGUGAGCCACACAGUAUACUGACCUCCUGCUGGUCCGAUACUUAACGCAGAAUGUAAAAGAUAUCGUUCUUUGAAAAAUCUUAUAGCUGUAAAAAGGGUGAAAAUGUACCGUAUUUGUCAUGAAGGCCAUGAAAUCUUUUACGUAGAUGUAUCACUUGAAAGAAAAGAAUAAAGUUCAAACACAGUGUUUUAUUUCACUCGU